CCACGACUGCUCAUCUUUCGGCUAGGACAGCACAAUAUCUUACCGUUAAAAAAAUGGCUUUCAAGAGCAACUCAUCCCCCCCUUCCCCCGUCAACAAUCCAGUCAACUGAACCCAAUUAUUUUUUUAGCGGCUGGCUUGACCGUGUAUUUUCAAACUGCGGCUGGCUUGACCGCGGUCAAUAGAAAAUGAAAGUAAAAACUGUUGAGCUGAACUAAUUAUCUCAGAGACGAGGAGAGCGGAAUCUACUUAACGUGCUGAUAACGGGAAACGCGAUGGAAUAUGACUAACUGAAGAGUGAAUCAAAAGCAAUCGAUUUAAAAUGACGAAUAGACCGGUGAUCUGUGUUUUGGUCAUUUUUAUUUCUGCAGCAUGCUUUUUACAUUUAUACAUACUGCCAUCCGAUGAGAUCUACUUCAAAAUCAAACAAAUCUUACAGAUCAUCAAACAAAUCUUCAAACAAAUCUUACAGAUCAUCAAACAAAUCUUACAGAUCUUCAAACCCACACGGAUCUUCCCCAAACCCACACAGAUCUACCCCAAACCCACAAGGAUCCACCCCAAACCCACACGGAUCUUCCCCAAACCCACACAGAUCCACCCCAAACCCACACAGAUCCACCCCAAACCCACACAGAUCCACCCAAAACCCACACAGAUCCACCCCAAACCCACACAGAUCCACCCAAAACCCACACAGAUCCACCCAAAACCCACACAUAUCUACCCCAAACCCACUCCGAAAGCAUGUGGCGUUCAAGUGGAGGACGAUCCUGGGAUUAAAGUCGGGAGCCUUCACACAUAUGUGAUCGGCUCUUAUAUGGAUCAUCGUUUCAACGUGAAACAGAUAAAGAUGAUUGCUAUCGUUCUCCGUGAUGAGAAGGUGACGUACAGGUGUGUGAUGUGCUGCGAAGGGAGGAACGUGACUUCACCAGCCGAAUACACAAUUCACUACGACCACUUUGAUUUUGAGUACGGCACUGCCACUAUCACAUGCCAGAUCCAUAGCUCGUGUUCGACACCGACGCAUGUUGCGUUAACAGCCAGUGAGAUCUCGGACAGCAUAACAUCCUUCCAACCCAUUAGAAACAGAGACGUUCCAACAGUCUUCCCGUAUUCGUUUACAGUCUGCAUCUCUGUCAUGUAUGACUACGAGAAUGUGCUGGGAUUAGUCCAGGCGAUGGAGAUGUUCAGACUGCUUGGUGCUCAAAGGGUGGUGAUAUAUAAAACCAACUGUGAUUCAGACAUACAGAAGGUUCUGGACUACUAUGUGAAAAGUGGUUUUGUGGAGAUCAUCCCAUGGACGAUUAAAAAGCACAUCAAUGUGUCUAAUGGCUGGAGGAAGAGUGACUCACCUGGUCAGCUGCAUUAUUAUGGGCAAAUUCCUGCACUUAAUGACUGUGUUUAUCGUUACAUGUACCAAAGUCGCUAUCUGGCUCUACAUGACAUGGAUGAGUUCAUUCUGCCUCUCAAGGUGAAGAGCUGGACAGAUCUGUUGCGUGAGCUUGAGAACACGUAUGGCACUAAUGUGGGCUUUGAGUUUGAGAAUAAUAUAUUCCCUUGUACCGCAAAACCUGAUUAUGGACAAACCAAGUGGAAAAAUGUACGGGGUAUGAAUAUUUUAAACUGUAUAGAGCGAGAAGUUCCCAUUAGUUUAGACAAUUUCAAGAUUAUAGUAAAUCCUCGGCUAGUUCUGAGGGUUAAUGUACAUGGCAUUGAGGAAACUGUGAAACAUCAACGCUACUACACAGUAAGAGUGCAGAACUCCAUCGCUCGCAUGUAUCACAUCAAAUCAUACUCAACAAACACAAAACUUGUAAGAGAUGAUCAUCUGAAUGACUAUGCCGGAGAUCUUGUGCCUGCUGUUUCUAAAGUUCUACAGGACUGUGGAUUCAUUAAUGAAUGAAUUGUUGCGAAGAACUGUUUCAUGUCAGUAAAAAAAAAUACAAAUAAAUAGAUGAAUAAACUAUUUUUUUAAAAACAAAACAAGUGAACCAAUCCCUGAAUGAACAUAAGGUCGACAUGAGGUCAAUUUUCUUUUCAAGCUCCUAUAAACGCAAUUGAAAAUAAAUGGGCCUUUACACAUUCCUACAAGUUACACAAUACUAUGAUACAGAAUUCAAAAGAGGGAUGAAUGGCUAUUUCUCUCAGAUAAACAACUUUUUUACAGUAAUAUAGCAUUUGACAGCUUAUGACAGCAACAGAUUCCAUUUUGAAACUAUAA